AUGCCACUCAAUUCAACCCUCACUGCUACAAUGCGAGCAGUGGCUUGGUUCGGACAACCCUACAACGUGUCCGUGAUCGACAUGCCAGUCCCAAGCAUCGUUAACCAAACAGAUGCAAUCGUUCGAGUCACCACCUCGGCCAUCUGUGGCUCCGACCUCCAUUUUUACCACGGCUUUGCUGGCGCUUCCGAUGUCCCAUGGGGCCUGGGCCACGAGGCCGUUGGCUAUAUCUCGGAGGUAGGCAGCGCAGUAUCCUCUCUUCAGGUCGGUGACUAUGUCAUAAUCCCGGACAACGCCCACGACGGUCAUCAUGGCCAACAGCAUCCGCUGUCUUUCGGCACCGGUUCUCCUGACUAUGGUGGUCUGCAAGCCGAAUACGCCCGUGUUCCUUUCGCAGAUAUGAGCCUCAUCCCAGUUCCCCUAACCAACACUUCCGUAAACACGACCCAAGAACUCGACUACUUGAUGAUCUCCGAUAUCUUCUCCACCGGCUGGCAAGCCCUAAGCUACAGCGGCUUCGAACCCGGCGACACCGUCGCCAUUUUCGGCGCCGGACCAGUAGGCCUAAUGGCUGCAUACUCUGCCAUCCUCCGCGGUGCUUCCCGGGUUUACUCCGUUGACCAGGUCCCCGAUCGCCUCGCCUUGGCAUCUUCCAUCGGAGCCGUACCCAUCCAAUUCAAUAGUUCUGAUCCCGUGGAACAGAUCCUAGCCCUUGAACCUAACGGGGUAACCCGGGCAUUGGACUGUGUUGGAUUCGAGGCUGUUAACGCCACGGGACAACGAGAGGAUGGAAUCGUUCCUCGGAACCUCCUUGCAGUCACCGCCGACCAAGGAGGAAUUGCCAUCGCGGGUGUCUACUUCGGCGGACAGAAUAGCACCCGGGGCGCUCCCUUUGCCGAUCAGAUCCCCGCUCAGGUUCCUUUCUCUGUUGCAAACCUGUGGGGAAAGGCUCUCACUGUGGGAAGCGGGAUUGUGUUGCCGUUGGAACAUGCGCAGCCGCUUGUGGAUCUGGUUGCUGCUGGGCGAGCCUCUCCGAGCUUUGUGGUCAGCUCGGUGAUUGAUAUUGAACAGGCGCCGGAGUAUUAUAGACGGUAUAGUGAUCAUCGGGAGCACAAGGUUGUUAUUCGGUUUCCUUGA